GUCAAUUUUGUGCCAUUUUCAUGGAUGAGUUUGGCAUGCGAAACAAUUUUCUUGAAACAUGAUUAGAGAAUGGCUAAAUUAUACAAUUGAAAGACGAAAGUGACUUAUGGAGUCCAAAGUAAAACAAAGAUCAAAGGAAUGGUUUGACAUACGUCAAUCAGUUUACCUGACAUCAUCAAAGUUUGGAGAUGCUCUUGGAGUUGGGAUGGGUAAACCUUACGACUUCUUCCUCUCCUUGAUGUCAGAUGAUAAUGAUGAAGACGAGGAAGAAGUAACGGAAUCAUCAUAUACACAGCAUGGUAUUACCAUGGAGGAAAUCAUCCUGGAAUGUUACCAUCUUCUGACAGGGCACAAGACAAGGGAGUCAGGUUUUUGGGUGCCUAGGGACAGGAUACUACAAGAUCUGAUAGGGACAUCCCCAGAUGCAGUUGUUGUGGAUGAUCAAGGGGAAGACAUUGGGUUGUGUGAAUUUAAGGCUCCUAUCUACAGAAUGUAUAAGACAGAGAAUACAGUGCAAGGUAUACCUCGGCAUUAUAUGGCGCAGAUACAGGGACAGCUGGCCAUCACAGGACUUCCAUGGUGCAAUUUCUUGGCUGUCUGUAAAAAUACAAAAGAAAUCAUGUUAAAGAAAGUAUAUUUUCACUCAGAAUACUGGACCAAUGUAGAGAAGAUUCUAAAACAGUUCUGUUAUGCUUUACAGGAUGCCAGAUUGAGGAAAGAGUUGGGAUAUGACCCUCUGGAUUUUGAGGGAGCACGGAAACUAGAGACUUGGCCAGUACAAAUCGAUUACCUACCUGGUGAGCUGUCAAUCAAUGUGGAGGACCUUAUUCAAAUUGACAAACGCAAGCGCUUCAGUGGACCGUCCAAUGUGUGGCUGUCGUUUGAUUUCCUGAUUGGCCAGUCUUACUCACUACCUCCUUGCUUACAGGAAUACGCUCAAAAAAUGAUUAACGAAGUGGAUGAACAGUUAAGUUGUAAGAGAAGGAAGAUCAAAGAACAAACUGUUGUCAACUCAAAUGGACGGUCAUGAUAAUCUGAGAGUUAUUAGUAUUCAUUACAAAUUUUUACUAAAAUUAUUUUGCCAUUUCCUAAAUUUGACCAAUCCUAGGAAAUAAAUUGGACAUCUCUAACAUUGUGUUAUAAAAGUGAGCAGUUUGAACGUGAUGAAUGCAAGCUUCAUGUGGGCUUUAAGGUCAGAUUUCUCGUGUGUCAUCUAAAUCAUUUAAUAAUGUUUUUUCAUGGACUGAAGAUAAACUGUACUUGAUAUUACCAAUAUCUAUGUAGUGUAUUGUAUACAUGUAUAUUAUAGUAUAUAAUAAGGUAAUAUACAUGUACAUGUAUUACAAUAUCAAAUGCAAGGAUGAAUUGUGAUUGAAUUUAUGAAUUUUACAUGUAAAACAUGAUGAAACAUCUCUUUGACAUUUGCAAUUAAAUAUGCGAGAUUCAA